GGUCGUCGUGUGGUUAUGACGUCAUUUCAUUCUCGUUAAUUUGGGGCACAUCAUUGCACAUUGUUUUUUAUGAGUGAGGAAUUGUACUCUUUUGUUAGUUUUUAUGAACGGCACAAAGCAACAUUGUUUGCUGGCAUUAAUUGGUUUAUUGUUUUGUGCCUUUCUUUUUGUGAGGAAAUGUAGUACCCGUGCAAAAUCGAUCUCGAUAUUUGUUGCAAACGCAAAUGAGUUUGAGCCAAAGGAACCAACGUUAUUGUUGUCGAAUUUAAACGUUAUGCGUGUUUACAAGGCGUGUGUGUGCUUGCGUCUUGAAGUCAGAAUGUACAAUAUUUUCUGUCAAACUCCCACUGAGAAGGCGCAUACAAAUUAAAGCCAAGCUCUGACUGACCCACAUAACUGUAACAUGGUGCUUUUAGUUUGUAGGAACAAAACGACAAGGAAAUGUACUACAUCCGGCAGGCUCGAGCUGACGGACCAAUCAGCGCCAAUCUCGGAGUGGACUCUUCCGGAAUCCGCAGACUUCCGCCUUCUGGAGCUGCUGUCCCACUGGGUCCACACCCACCGAACCGGUGUCGUCCGGGCGGUCUCGUGGUUGAGAAAUGCGUCCCUGGCGUGUGGGAGAGCUGAGAGCCAGCAGUGUCCAUAAAAGUGGUAAACCAUCAUGAUUCCCAUCACCGAGCUCCGGUACUUUGCCGAUACCCAGCCGGCGUACCGUAUUCUGAAGCCUUGGUGGGACGUCUUCAACGACUAUAUCUCGUUGGUCAUGUUGAUGAUCGCCGUGUUUGGCGGCACGCUGCAGAUCACGCAGGACAAGAUGAUCUGCUUACCCUGUAAGUGGGUCGCCAAUGACUCGUGUGAGGCGGCGCCCCCCGGCAGCUCCUCGGCUCCGCGCCCCGGGGAGCCCCGCGGCAUUCAGAACGACCUGGACCGCCACCAGUACAGCUACAUUGAUGCCGUGUGCUACGAGAGCAAGUUGCACUGGUUCGCCAAGUACUUCCCCUACUUAGUGCUGCUCCACACGCUCAUCUUCCUGGCCUGCAGCAACUUCUGGUUCAAGUUCCCGCGCACCAGCUCUAAACUGGAGCACUUUGUCUCUAUCCUGCAAAAGUGCUUUGAUUCGCCGUGGACCACGAGGGCAUUGUCGGAGACGGUGGUGGAGGAGAGGGACGCCAAACCUUUAGGGAAGAUGAACGGUUCAGUUGACAAAAAAACCCUGUACCAACCAUUGCCUGACACCAAGGAUGUGGAGGCCAGCAUGCCCAUGCUCCAAAAAACAAAGACCAAAAUUGAGCAAGGGAUCGUGGAUCGACCGGAAACUGGGGUUCUGGACAAGAAGGAAGGGGAGCAGGCCAAGGCUCUUUUCGAAAAGGUGAAGAAGUUUAGGAUCCACGUGGAAGAAGGCGACGUUAUCCACCGUCUGUACGUGCGUCAGACCAUCAUCAAAGUCAUUAUGUUUUUGGUGAUCAUUAGCUACGCCAGCUACUACGUGCGCUACAUCCGCUUCAGCGUCAUGUGCACGGUGGAGACGGAGAAGCUGACGGGUUUCAGCACAUUCCACUGCGCCCACCCGCUGGCGACACUCUUCAAAAUCCUGGCGUCAUUCUACAUCAGCCUGGUGCUAGUGUACGGCCUGAUUGCCAUGUACACACUGUGCUGGAUGUUGCGGCGCACCCUCAAACGCUACUCCUUCGAGGCCAUCCGCGAGGAGGGCAACUACAGCGACAUCCCUGACCUGAAGAACGACUUUGCCUUCAUGCUGCACAUGCUCGACCAGUACGACCCGCUCUACUCCAAGCGCUUCGCUGUCUUCUUGUCGGAGGUGAGUGAGAACAAACUGCGGCAGCUCAACCUCAACAACGAGUGGACGUUGGAGAAGCUCCGGCAGCACAUCUCCAAGAACUACCAGGAGAAGUUGGAGCUGCACCUGUGCAUGCUGAGCGGCAUCCCCGAGACAGUCUUCGACCUGGUGGAGCUGGAGGGCCUCAAGCUGGAGUUCAUCCCCGACGUCACCAUUCCACCCAUUGUGGCCAAGCUGUCUAACUUGCGCGAGCUGCGGUUAUACCACACGCCGGCCAAAAUCGAGUCGGCCGCCCUGACGUUCCUCCGGGAGAAGCUCAAGUCCCUGCAUAUCAAGUUCACAGAUGUCAAGGAGAUCCCAUUGUGGAUCUACAGCCUCAAGAAUCUCAGUGAGCUGCACCUGACCGGCAACCUGAGCGCAGACAACAAUCGCUACAUAGUCCUUGAUGGGCUGCGCGAGCUGAAGAGGCUCAAGGUCCUCCGUCUGAAGAGCAACCUGUACAAGCUGCCACAGGUGGUGACCGACCUGAGCGCGCACCUCCAGAAGCUUUCUAUCAACAACGAGGGCAGCAAGCUCAUGGUGCUCAACAGCAUGAACAAGAUGGUCAACCUGAGCGAACUGGAGCUGGUGCACUGCGACCUGGAGCGAAUUCCGCACUCCAUCUUCAGCCUGCACAACCUGCAAGAGAUCAACCUGAAGGACAACAACCUGAAAACCAUCGAGGAGAUCAUCAGCUUUCAGCACCUGCGCCGCCUGGUUUGCCUGAAGCUGUGGUACAACCAGAUCGCCUACAUACCCAUUCAGAUCGGUACCCUCAACAACCUGGAGAAGCUGUACCUCAAUAGGAACAAGAUUGAGAAACUGCCUAGUCAGCUCUUCUUCUGCCACAAGUUGCGCUUCUUGGACUUGAGUCACAACAACUUGACCGUCAUCCCGCCUGACGUGGGCUUGCUCCAGAACAUACAGCACUUUGCCGUCACAGAAAACCGAAUUGAGACGCUGCCAACAGAAUUGUUCCAGUGCAAGAAGCUGCGUGUGCUGCAGCUGGGCAACAAUUGCUUGGAGACGCUGCCGGCAUGCGUGGGCGAGCUGGCCGGCCUGACCCAGUUGGAGCUACGCGGCAACAACCUGGAGAGCCUGCCGCCCGAGCUGGGCGAGUGUCGCCUACUAGUACGCAGCGCCCUGGUGGUGGAGGAGAAGCUGUUCAACACGUUGCCACCCGAGGUCAAGGAACAACUGCUGGGUGCAGAAAAGGAGAAAGUGUGACGGCUUUUCUAUUUUUUAAUUACCUUGGGAAGGUAAGUGGAGGCUGCGCACCUUUUCUUUGUGAUACGAGAGUCACAUAUGUACCUUAAGAAGCCUUGAAUGUCCAUCACGCAUGCUCCAGAGCGUCUUCUGGGUGAUCUUAACUUUGGCCUUAAAAGUCGGCAAGACCUGAGUCGCUUAGUGUGAGGCGUGCCAUCCGGGCUCUGUGCCAAGACCCCUUUUUUUCCUCCUACCCUUUUUCUAAUCAGCAUGUUAAAGCCCCUUUCUUCCUUUCUACAUGGAGUAUUGCACUGCGUGCCAAUGGACCAGAACGGGCAUCAAUACGAAACUGUUAAAAUGUUAAUGAGACAUGGGCUAUGUUUGUAAUCAUUCACCCAUUCCCUACUCCCUUAAGACUAUAUAGGAAUUUUUAUGAGAUGGACUACAUAGUUCACCUGUCAAAUAAAAGGUAGUUUUGGAAUGCUACUCAUUCACUGCCGUGGACAUUUAUAUUUAUCAACUGGAAUCUACCCGUUUACUGCCACAGGGGUAUAUGUAUCAAUACUUUUUUUAAAAGGUACGUGUAGAAGGACUCAUCCAGAAAAGUUAUUCCAAAAAAAUCUUUUACAUUCUUCCAUGUUUUGAUGUGUUGCUUUUUUCUAUCUUGCAUCGACGGAUGUCCUGCUUUUCUAGGGACCGUUGUGUCGAGAUGUAUUUAACACGCUACUAAAUAGGGGAUAAACAAUACUCACUAAACAUUCCAACAGCACUACAAAAUGACCACAUUAUGUAAGGCACUAUAUCGUGGAGAGGGAGUGAAUACCCAACACAGCCACGGUCAGUCGAGUUUACAUGAUACGAUAAACUUUUCUUUUUCAGCUUUUGCAGUCAUAGCUGAUUUUGAAACAAUUACAGUAUUAAUGAUUCACCACAUCCACCGCAGCCUUGAUUGUUCCACGUGGCCUAGCAUGUUGCAAACACGGCCUUAAGCUUUAGGGUUUUUUUUAAUUGAAAGAUUGACGAUCCUGACUGAAUUUACUCACAAAUUUACACAGUGUAAAAUGUUGGCCUGGUUAGUCAAACACAAAGCUAUUCUGUUGUAUAACUGGAAAAACGGUUGCGACAAUGAGGCACUCUAAAGUGACCACUCUGGUCCGCCUUUUUAAAGAGAACAUUUACCUGACUCUUUCACCUUCUCUCUGUGACACACAUCCACUUAUGGCUGACAACGAGGUGCUCUAAUGCAAAAAUGCGGGUGAGGUAUCUGAAGGGGGGAUAUAUUUUUGCGAUGUGGGCAUAGCUAACCUAACUGCAUAGCUAACCUAACUGCAUAAUAACUAAUUACAUAUUAUGCAUUGAGUUUGUUGAAUUAAAAGAUUAUGAUUCACUCUUAGCAUCUGAUAAACAGGACAUACUUGGUGAAGUUGACAACACCAUAUACACACGGUUUAGUGUAUGAAGUGCUGCCUCCAUGAGUGAGUUUUUUUUUCUUAACUAAUUAUUAGCAGGAUAAUAAAUGGGACGUUAAGCGUAGUAUAAUUCCAAAUCAUUUGGAGUAUUUUGACAAAACCAUUAUUGAAACACGUGGAAAGUUUCAAAAGACGGGAAACAAAAUAAUUUUUGUCAGUGCAGGGAAGCCAUAUUACAAUUGUCAAGUCAAUGUUUUUAGAAUGUAAUUUUAAAUGUAAUGUAAAAAAAAUCCACAUGCCUUGAUUGACUGUUGCACUUUUUGUACUAUUGUGACACAAUAAACUGUCUCGACACC